AUGCCUGCAAUAACCUCAAAGCGCUCGCUGCAUGCUGCAUUUGAAGGCAACGACGAUGGUAUGGUUGUUGGAGAGGCGAGCUCGAGUUUCCGUGAAGGCACAAGAAAGAAAGCCCGCAUCUCUGAUUUUGGGCCGAACAAGGCCUCAUCCUCAAGUCGCUCACGUCAGGACCAGUCACAAAGUUCUGAAGAAGAGAACGAAGCAAUGGAAGAGCCGGAUCGACCACCUAGCCCACCUCCCGCCACACAAUACGAGAUGCUGCGGGACAAUGGGUUUCAGCACCUCGAAGAUGCCGACGCCGAUGAUCAACGCGCUACUCAGCGUCUGAAGGAUCGCGACGCCCAGCGCAUGGGCGAGAAUCGCGUGGCCCCCAAUGCUGUGAUUGAGAGUAUUACCUGCUACAAUUUCAUGUGUCAUACGCGCCUACACUGUGAACUAGGGCCCCUCCUCAAUUUCAUCGUCGGAGAAAAUGGCAGUGGAAAGAGCGCCAUUCUGACCGCCAUCACCCUGUGCCUCGGUGGAAAAGCCAGCUCAACCAACCGCGGAGCCAGCCUACGUAGCUUCGUCAAGGAGGGUCAAGAUCACGCACGGCUCGUCGUCAAUAUCAAGAAUCAGGGAUCUGAUGCCUACAAGCCCAACCUGUACGGCGACACCAUUAUAGUCGAACGUUAUUUCAGCAAGUCCGGGUCUUCUGGCUUCAAACUCAAAUCUGCAUCGGAGAGGUUGAUCUCGAACAAGAAAUCCGAUGUGGAUGACGUGGUCGAGUAUUACUGUCUACAGGUUGACAACCCGCUCAACGUUCUCUCACAGGACAAUGCAAGGCAGUUUCUAAACGCUGCCAGCGCUGCCACCAAGUAUAAGUAUUUCCUGCAAGGUACUCAGCUCGAGCAGCUCGAUCAUGACCUGCUACUUUUCAACGAAUACCUCGACCAGAAUGAGUCAAAACUCGUCGAGUACGAAGAGACCGUGGGCGUCCUGAAGGAGAAGGCUGCAAAGGCUCGAAAACUCAUGGAGUCGGCAGCGGAGAGUCAGACAUGGCGGAACAAGUCCCGAGUGUAUGCGAACCAACUUGCAUGGGCUCAGGUCUACGAACAGGAAAAGAUUUUACAGGAAAAGGAGAAUGCUGUUGCAGCUGCUGAAGAGGAGAUAGGCCACCUGGAGGAGGCCGUGCAACAAAACACGGAAAAUCUAUCAAGGUAUGACAACAAAAUCCAGGAUGCUAGGGAGGCCGUAGAAGCUCUGCAGCAAGGAGAUUCGCCGGGAGACAAGCAGAUGGAGGCUGAAGAAAAAUAUAAAUCGGCCAAAGCGAACCUUCAAGAAAUGCAUACGCAGGAGCGAGAUUUGAACGAGAAGCUACACCAGGCCAUCAAGAACGCGCGGGAGUACGAGAAAAAGAUUGAGGAUGAGGAAAGAAGUCUAGAGGAGGUCAAUGGCGGCGCCCUGGCCGUGAAGAAACAGGAGUUAGAGGAUGCUAAGGAAGCUGUAACAUCUGCCAACGUCAAACUUGUGGAGCACAGCGCCACGACUAAAAGGCUGGAAGAGGAAUACAAAAGUGCCGAGAAGGAACUACAGGAAGCUACUGGUCUUCUUGAGCAAAAGCGUGCAGAAGUCAGCGGCGCUGAGUCUCGCUUGCGCUCUCUAACCCAGAACCGCGGCGAUAUCUUUGCUGGGUACGAAAGGGGUGUACCACAACUGUUGAAGAUGAUUGAUGGAGAUGAUGGGUUUCACCAGAAGCCAAUCGGACCCCUCGGUAUGUAUAUUCAACUAACGCAGCCAAAGUGGUCUGCCAUUUUAGAAGCCACGUUUGGCGGGCAUCUCAAUAGCUUCAUUGUUGCGAACAGAAGUGAUUACACUCGACUACGAGGAUAUAUGGAUCGCCUAAGUAUUAGGGGUUGCGGCAUCAACAUCAGGCGUUCUGGAGCGCUGCUGGACAAAUUAAAUGAGCCAGAUGAGGCUUUCGACACCGCGCUUAGAGUGCUCAAGUUUGACGACGUACGUGUCAGAGACAUGAUGGUUAUCUUGACCAGUCUUGAGCAACUCAUUCUCGUUCCAAAAAGAGAGGAUGGUCAGGAUAUUAUGUUCAACAACAGCCGGCCGCCGCAGAAUGUUGCCGCUGCCUUGACUUUCCACGAUAGAAAGAGGGACGAGGGUUGCCGAAUUACAAACCGUCAAGGGGGCGAGAUGAAAAAGACGGACCCGAUUCAGCCCGGUUCGAGACAGAAAGCCCGCAUGAAGUCAGAUGAUGAGGCUCAGAUCAACAUGCAGAAGGAAACACUGGCGCAGUUGCAGUCGGAAUUUCGAGAGCUUGAGGCCUCGAAGAGACGUCUUCAACAAGCUGCUGUCCGAUGCAGCCAGGCCGUGACGAGACACAAAAGGGAGAGAACGACUCUUGAAAAGGCCCACCGAGAGGCACAGGCAACUGUCUCGGGCAUUGAGAGGGAGCUGGAUGGCUUCGAAGGUGCUGAUGGGAGAUUGCAAGGCCUCCAAGAAGCAUUACAGGCUGUCAAAGAGAAACAAGAUCAUUUCGGCCAGCAGUAUGGUAGCAUGGCGGUUGAAAAACAGAACCAGAACAAGCUUGUCCAGACCCUCAAAGCAGACUUGGCACAAAUUAAAGAAGAAAUGGCAGAUUUCAAAUCUCGCAUAGCAAAGGCCGAGAACAAGGUUCAGCGGUACCAGGAACUGAGGCGGCUUGCACUCGUCGCGACGAACGAGGCCCAUGAACAACUGGACAUGGCCAAGGAGGGCAAGAAGCAUGCAGAGGGCUCUCGAGAUAGGCAAAUGCAAUGUGUGCAGGAGUAUAUUGAAGGAGCCAGUGAGACUACGCCCGAGCGCGUAUACAUCCCAGAAGGUGAGACGUACGCCAGUAUCGAACGGAAGUACACAACCGUCCAACAGCGGAUCAAGGAGUUUCGCAACAAACACGGCAUGUCGGAGGCUGAAAUCAACAGUCAAUUUACGCAAGCCACGGAAGAGUACAAGAAGGCCAAAACGACACAUAAGCACCUCUGGUCUCUCCAGCACGGGCUGAAGAAGGCACUCGUUCAACGCCUGGACAAGUGGAGAUGGUUCCAACGGAUGAUCUCGGCCCAUGCACGAACCAAUUUUGCCUACCUCUUGAGUGAACGAGGAUUUCGAGGCCAGUUGCUGCUUGACCAUCAGAAGAAGAAGCUGGAGAUUCAGGUGGAACCCGACCAGACGAGGCAGAACGUGUCGGGUCGGAACACGAAGACUCUAUCGGGAGGCGAGAAAUCCUUCUCCUCCAUCUGCUUACUUCUUGCUAUCUGGGAUGCCAUGGGGUCUCCUUUGCGCUGUCUUGAUGAGUUUGAUGUUUUCAUGGACAACGUCAACCGUGCCAUCAGCACGAACAUGUUGAUCCAAGCGGCAAGACGGUCAGUUGGAAAACAAUUCAUCCUCAUCACGCCAAAUGCUAUUGAGGGCAGAGGAAAGAUUGACAAGGAUGUCAAAAUCAUUCGGCUCACCGAUCCUCGACAACAACGUCUUGCUGAUCCUUGA